AUGUCAACCCUAUUGCGACCUUAUUCAAGGCUUCUAUGGGCUAGGCUAAGAUGCACUAGGGCCUUUACUAGUCCGCGUUUUACUCCCAUGUACAAGAUCGCUAGACUGCACACCAACCCAUCACUAUUUCAAAAACCUCCUUCCGACAAGGGCAGCAACAAAGAUGCUAAUGAUGAAGAUUUAGAGAACGUGAGGCGAGAGGUUGAGAGGUAUAUCGAAGAGGCUAAAAAUGACAAAUCAGUUGACUGGGAGCAGAGGAAGAAAAGAAUAGACGAAGGGAUUGCUCGCCUAGAAGAAACAAUUUUGAGGCAGCAAAACAAGCACCACGAUGAGCCAAAGGAGCAAUCAGGCAGAGAGGCCGAGCCUAGUGAGUCUAAGGAGGAAGGUCCCUCCGAGUUUGAAAAGAAGCAAGCUUUUGAGCAAAACAAAAAGCUCAAUGACAGGAAGAAAGCCGAAGAAGAAAAGCUAUCAAAAAUUAUGAAUGACCCAAACGCCAGAGUUCUUGCAGUCAAUAUCGGGUUUUUGGAAAUUGGUGUUCUUCUAUUUUUGCUGUCAUUCCUCCUAAACAGGCUUUACAAUACAGAAGAGCAAAGAGAGAUUACUUGGCAAGAGUUUAGAACCAAACUUUUGGCUAAAGGUUAUGUCGCGAAACUCGUCGUUGUCAACAAAUCUUUUGUGAAGGUAGUUUUGAAUGAAAAUGGCAAGAACCACCCUGAACAUAAUGGUCAUGACUUCUACUUCUUUACUAUCGGCUCCGUUGAGAGCUUUGAGCACAAACUUCAAAGAGCUCAAGAAGAAAUAGGCAUAGCAGAGGAUUUCAAAACUCCUGUUGUUUACGUCCAAGAAGGCAACUGGGCUAAGGCGAUGUACCAAAUCCUCCCUACAGCUUUAAUGAUCGGUGGCCUUAUUUGGAUCACUAAGCGGUCCGCCUCUGGAGCAGGUGGAGGCGGCCCGGGUGGCAUUUUCAGCGUUGGUAAAUCGAAGGCAAAAAGAUUCAACAAAGACACUGACGUUAAGGUUACAUUCAAAGAUGUCGCGGGCUGUGAUGAGGCAAAGGAAGAAAUUAUGGAAUUUGUCAGUUUCUUGAAGGAGCCUUCGCGCUACGAAAAGAUGGGUGCCCAAAUUCCCCGUGGCGCCAUUCUUUCCGGCCCACCAGGAACUGGUAAAACUUUGAUAGCUAAGGCUACUGCCGGCGAGGCAGGCGUUCCUUUCUUUUCUGUGUCUGGUUCUGAGUUUGUCGAAAUGUUUGUCGGUGUGGGUGCCUCAAGAGUCCGCGAUUUGUUUAAAACCGCUAGAGAAAAUGCGCCAUCCAUCGUUUUUGUCGACGAAAUCGAUGCAAUCGGUAAGGCGAGACAGAAAGGCAACUUUUCAGGAGCCAAUGAUGAAAGAGAAAACACUUUAAAUCAACUAUUGGUCGAAAUGGAUGGCUUUACCCCAUCAGACCACGUUGUGGUCUUGGCAGGUACAAAUCGCCCCGAUGUUCUCGACCAGGCACUGAUGCGCCCUGGAAGGUUUGACAGACACAUUAACAUCGAUAGACCGGAGCUCGAAGGCCGCAAGCAAAUAUUUCAAGUCCACUUGGCCAAGGUGAAGCUUGCUGGCUCAAUGGAGGAUUUGAAGAACAGACUCGCAGCCUUGACCCCUGGUUUCUCAGGCGCCGACAUUUCAAACGUUUGCAACGAGGCUGCGCUGACAGCCGCUAGAAACGAAUGCACUUCCGUCAAGCUUGAGCACUUCGAACAAGCCAUCGAAAGGGUUAUCGGCGGCGUGGAAAGAAAGUCCAAACUGCUCUCACCUGAAGAGAAGAAAAUCGUGGCUUACCAUGAAGCUGGUCAUGCUGUUUGCGGGUGGUACCUGGAGUUUGCCGAUCCGCUUUUGAAGGUCAGCAUUAUCCCAAGAGGCCAAGGCGCUCUGGGAUACGCCCAGUACCUACCAGGAGACGUUUACCUGCUGAGUGAGCAGCAACUGAAGGACAGAAUGACGAUGGCGCUUGCGGGUAGGGUUUCGGAAGAGCUGCAUUUUCCUUCCGUGACUAGCGGCGCAUCUGAUGAUUUUCAGAAAGUGACGCGUAUGGCAACUGCCAUGGUCACUGAGCUGGGUAUGAGCGACAAGAUCGGAUGGCUGAACUAUCAGAAAAAGAGCGAAAGCGAUUUGACUAAGCCCUUCUCCGAAGAGACAGCCGCUAUAGUCGACGCUGAGGUCUUUAGGUUGGUCCAGGAGUGUCAUGACCGCUGUACCGCGCUUCUCAAGGAGAAGGCUGAGGAUGUCGAAAAAAUAACACAACUUCUUUUGGAGAAGGAGGUCCUCACGAGGGAAGACAUGAUUCGCCUCCUCGGGAAGCGGCCAUUCCCUGAGCGCAAUGACGCAUUUGACAAAUACCUCAAUGAAAGCGAGACGAAAAGGCUACGUAAAAAUGAAGCUGACCAGGGCAUGAGCAGCUAG